GGAAGUGUCUUAAGUGAGGGGACUCCGCGCUGCCAGAGGAUUCACUGCGAUGGGCCGCAACAAGAAGAAGCGAGUUGGUGACGACCGGCGGCCCCGGCUAGUUCUCAGCUUCGACGAAGAGAAGCGGAGGGAAUAUCUGACAGGCUUCCACAAGAGGAAGGUGGAGCGGAAGAAGGCAGCCAUUGAAGAGAUUAAACAGCGACUGAAAGAGGAACAGAAGAAGCUCCGAGAGGAGCGCCACCAGGAGUACUUGAAGAUGCUGGCAGAGAGAGAAGAGGCACUGGAGGAGGCAGAUGAGCUGGAUCGACUGGUGACGGCAAAGACAGAGUCAGUCCAAUAUGACCACCCCAACCACACAGUGACUGUGACCACCAUCAGUGACCUAGACCUCUCAGGGGCCCGGCUGCUGGGGCUGCCCCCGCCUGAGCAAAAGGACAGGUCCGAGGAGGAAGUGUCAUCCAUGGAGAAGCCAACCAAAGCCUUACCCAGGAAGUCCAGAGACCCCCUGCUCUCUCAGCGGAUUUCCUCCCUCACAGCGUCACUGCACGCACACAGCCGCAAGAAGAAGCUCAAGAGGAAGCAUCUCCGGCGGGCCCAGGACUCCACCAAGAAGCCUCCGAGUGCCACUCGGACCAGCAAGACCCAGCGCCGCCGACUGACAGGCAGAACCCGGCACAGUGGGGAGUGAGACUAAGGAUAAAGGGGUGCCCCAGUUCAGGUCGUGGGGCCUUGUGCUGUCUGAGCUUGGCUGUCCCUGUUAUCAGCCUGCCCUGAAGCCAGGACCUUUGGCCUGCGGUUUGAACCCCAGAAGGAGCAGGAAGCUAAAAGCUGGCCUCCCCGCAGGAGGAGACUUCGGGGCUGUGUUCGGGCAUCUUCUGAAAUGUAUAUGCCACCUGGCACUCUUCA